AUGUGGGAGCAAUCAAAUAAAAAAUAAAAUUUCUAUUGCCUUUGCUAAACAGGGCAUCAUAAAAUAUUUUAAUCUUGUUUUACGAACAAAAAAAGAAAAAUUCUAUAACCUGGGAUUAAAAUAAUUUCGAGAAAUAAGAUUUCAUAUUUCAUAAUGAAGAUUAAUACCUUUAGAAUUUAUAAUCAGCUUCGCCAAAAAUAUACUGUUAAUAGAUAAGAAAUUCUUUCAAAUAUUUUUAUAGCUUAAUUCCUUUUGGGCAUUAUCAUUUAUAUAUUAAAAAUAUUUUUGAGUAUUUACAAAACCCUGAGUUUAAAUUUGCUUUUUAUAACGGUAUGGAUAUAUUAUUUAAAAUUUGAGAAAAAGUCAUCUGCAAUGUCUUACAAAGAAUCCAUUUUAAGUGGAGGAGGUUGUUGUUUUCCUAGAACAAGCCCACUGGAACAAUUAAUCGGAAAAUCAGAUAGUUAAGACAUCUAUACUUUCAUUAAUAAAUUCAGAUUCUAUGUCAAAAAAUUUGUACUCAAGCUGUUGUUGCUGCUGAUUAGUCAGAAAGUUAGGAAAUAAUGAUAGCAAUACAGUGGUUUAUCUAUUAAGAAGAUAACAUCUGCAAACUUAACAAGAGUUCCAAAAGUGUCGCCAAAUCUUACGAUUUGAUUUUUUUUGGAAUCCGCGAAUUAUUGAAAAGCUCCUUGAUCUAUGUUCAAACAGACCCGUUUAAGUGUUUUUAUAUCUUAUAGAUAACAGCAUCUCUAUCAAAAGUCAUAUUUAGCUUCCAUUUAAUAAAUAAAAAGAGAUUUAUGGAAUGUGAUUUAUAACAAGAAUUGUUGGAGAUAUGUGAUAAAUUAAGAUAAUAAAUGGAAAUAGAAAAAAUGAUUGGAUUCAAAAUUAAAUGGAACUCUAUCUAUUCUUAACAAAAACUUCUUUCUAAAUGGAGCCAGCAAACAGGAGCGAAAGGGAAAAACUUUUUUACGGAUGCUUAAAAGGGAUCAUUAGUUCCUUAAUAGAAAUGA